AUGCAGGACAUCUUGAACAAGGCGUACGACAAGUAUGCUCAGACUGGGUCUGCUCCGUCAAGCUUGCACACGGACUUGCUGUGUGAUCCCGACUUGGUGGAAGAUUACAGUGAUGUGUUGAAGACUAUGCCGAUGAAGUUGCGACAGGACGAAGAGAACAGCAGUGUAAACGGAAGUGUCGUGAUGAGCCCAGGAAGCGCGCCAGGAUCCCCGGAAAAAAAAUGGACGGCGCGACCUUCGAAAACAGCAAUCGACGAGGAAUCCACGCAGCGGUCGGGAACGCAGUCUGGACAACAGCGGAGCAACUUGGGCUCCACGAGAGACGAGGCGUCCAACAGCGAAUAUGAGUAUUCCGACUCCGAAUUUGAGGAGGAUAUGGAGAACAGGCUGCAAGAUCUGACUUCGGGCUCCCAACGGAACUCCGGGAUGGAACUGCUGGAAAGUAAGGCAAGCCCGGCUGAGGAUUUGGAGCCAAGUUCACGGGUGGAACGCUUCAGCGACAGCGACAGCAUCUCAGAUGAAGACGACCUCACUACGUCGCGCCCAAUUGCCGCUAGUCAAGAGCAGUUCGCGAACAUGGAGGCCAGUGACGAGAACAACGACCAAGAAGACGAGAUAGAUGAAGACUUCCAGCCGCUCGCGCCACCGGAGGAAAUUGACCCGGGGAAACUAUAUGCGCUCUAUCCUUUCCAGGGCCCGGAUCCUUCGCACUGUCAGCUGUACCAAGACGAAGGGUGCAUAUUGCUCAACGACCAGGACGCGUACUGGUGGCUGGUCAAGCGCUGUAGCGACGGAAAGAUCGGGUUUGCCCCGGCGGAAAUAUUAGAGACGUAUCCGGAACGCCUCGCACGGCUGAACUGCUGGAAAAACGAAAAUAUGUCAGGGCAUUCUGUGGGCAGCGCGAACUCUGCGAAAGGGGAAGGUUCCACGCCCUCUGACCACCCAGAGCACUCUAAGGACUUGUACAAAAAGGGCAAUAAGUCUGUGAGUUUUAACGAUGUAGUCAGCUACGCGGAACGCUACAGUAGGGAUGAAGAUAGCGAAGAUAAUGCGUCCGGUUCUGAAGAUUUGGAUGCGACUGAUAAGGAUGAACGCAUGGAAGGUACGGGUGGCGCCUUGGUCGGAAGAAUAUACGAGGCAGCUUUGUUGAACGAGGAUGAUGCUAGCGAGGUUGUGAGUGAUGUUUCAUCCAACCAGGGUAGCACAUUGCCUCUGCAAGUGAGCAAGGUUAGAAAAGUAGUUCCAGAAUCGGCAGCGAGUCGCAAAUAUCAAGACCCAAAGGCAGAUUCGACCGAUACACAACUCACGAAAACUGGUGACUCACAAUCCACCAGCGUGCACUCAGAUUAUCUGAAAGUGGGGGAUGACGAGCUCUAUCAAAUUUUUAAGGCACCAAGCAUUCCAUUUGCCGAUCAUAAAGAAAUGCAGAAUUCCAAUUCUAAUUACUCUAUAUCCACUAUCGGAGACUACUCGCCGUCAUCAUCGGAGUGGACCAACGACUCCCCCCAAGUCAACGUUGGAGUUUUCGAAGCAAGUGAUAACACAGUGGAAGGAAUACCUUCUACUAAGGCAAUCAAAGAUAUCUCAAAACUUGUGAGCUCGUCCACGAACGAAAAUCACGACCCUAGCUAUGCUAUGGAGCACGUUAAUAGUGCCGACAUGAACACCUCGACCGAGGACAGUCCUGCGAACGAUUUAGCUGUUAAUCUUGGCUCGAGCCAAACCCCCAAGCGAGUUCAAGUCCCAAGUUAUCUAGCAAAUGACGAGCCCGAGGACAACAGCCAACAAGCUAAAGUGCGGUAUGGACUGCUUGGAGCACACAAAACUAUUUCCAACCAGGACCGGGGUCAGUUGCGCAGCGCUCACGGGGCUUCACAGUCGUCUGUAGACUAUUCGGCUUCGCAUCGAGAAAGCACCUCCGCGUCUUCAGACGAUUCCUGCAUAGGCGAGGGACGCGCUACCUCCGCCACAACAAUCAACAGCACCCUUUCAUUUGGUGAAUCUAAAUUUAGCCAUCAUCCAACCGUCUACGAAUUAUACAAUCCAUUAUUUGGGAAGAUAGACACUCUUCUCCAAAAGCUCGACAAUUUCAUGAUUGAAGAGAGCUAG